CUGCUUCAGUCUAUUGAGCAGAGUGGCUCUGGGUCAAGACAUAGAUACACACACACUCAUACUCACACACAGAUUCACACACACACACACACAGCUGGAGAAUGAAGCUGCUUGCCCUGUUGAUACAUGUCGUUUGGGUGGGCUUUUCCUGGGCUGGAGUACACUGGACAUAUCAAGAGGGGGAUUUGGACCAGAUGCACUGGCCUGAAAAGUACCCAUCCUGUGGAGGUCGCAAGCAGUCCCCCAUCGACAUCCAGAGACGCUCAGUGCGCUUCAACCCUCACCUUCUGCAACUGGAGCUCACAGGAUAUGGAGAGGUCAAGAACGGCAACUUUCUCAUGACCAACAACGGCCACUCAGUCCAAAUCAACCUUCCGCCCAGUAUGAAGAUAACAAAGGGGCUGCCAAGCCGGUACACAGCUGUUCAAAUGCACCUGCACUGGGGCGGAUGGGACCUGGAGGCCAGCGGGGCUGAACACACUCUGGAUGGCAUCCGUUACAUGGCAGAACUUCACGUGGUUCACUUCAACUCUGAAAAGUACAAAACCUUUGAGGAGGCUGUGGAUAAACCAGACGGACUGGCAGUUCUAGCCUUUUUCUACGAGGAUGGACAUUUUGAGAACACCUACUACAGUGAAUUCAUCAACAACCUGGCUAAAGUCAGAUAUGCAGGUCAGUCUAUGAAUAUUUCUUCUCUGAAUGUGCGCUCCAUGCUCCCUGAGAACCUCGCCAAUUUCUUCAGGUAUGAGGGAUCUCUCACCACGCCACCGUGUUUCGAGAGCAUUCUGUGGACUGUGUUUGAUACUCCCAUCACCCUCUCCCACAACCAGAUCAGGAAGCUGGAGAGCACUCUUAUGGACCUUGAGAAUAAGACCCUGUGGAACGACUACCGCAUGGCUCAGCCUCUGAACGACAGAGUGGUGGAGUCGUCCUUCAUUCCUCGCCUGGGCAAAGGCACAUUCUGCAGGCAGGAGGAGAUCGAGGCAAAGCUUUCAAACAUCGAAAGCAUGAUCACCUCUCUUGGCAAACAUGUAUACUCAGAGGCGAGUGGGUCCAAACCUAGAGACAAGGAUGAGGCUAUAUACCCAUUGGUUCUACACUUCCCUGAGAACAAGCUGGGAAGUUACGCUGUGGUCAAUGUGGCUCACUCCAUGAACCUCCACUCCUUCACGGCUUGCAUGAACCUGUACAUGCGCCCUCGUCCCGUACACACCGUGCUGUCCUACUCCAGCUCCGGCAACGACAACGAGCUCACCAUCACCAUGGGCCAUGAGAUUGGUCUGUGGAUUGGAAACGAGUUCGUCAACUUACCCCAUAACCACCAUGCCCACUCUUGGGCGCACUACUGCGUGACCUGGGCCUCUCACACUGGAGGGGCAGAGGUGUGGAUCAACGGGGUGGUGGGUGAUGAGCAGUACCUGCGGGCAGGGUACACCAUCAGACCCGGAGGCGUCCUUAUCCUGGGGAAGGACCAGGACGGCUUCCUGGGCAUCUCAGACUCAGACGCGUUCGUAGGGCAGAUGACGGAGGUGAACGUGUGGGAUUACGUGCUGAGCGCUGACGAUAUUCGUGAGCAGAUGCACUGUGAGGGCAAAAUGGCCAAGGGCAAUGUGCUGAGCUGGGGCAUCACACACAUGAGUCUGUAUGGAGGAGUUCAGCUGGAGAAUGAGCACUCCUGCUCCUGAUCUCACCUGCUGAUGUUUGGGUUCACGUAGGGGUGAACAAUAUACAGUAUGAGCAGCUAAUAUGUUACUGAGUGAUAAAUUGGAAAGUAUUAUUAUUAUUGGGAUGUAAACAUAUAGCUGAUAAUUCCAAUCAAAUAACUUCCAUUUAUUAUUAUCAAAUAUUUCUAUGUACAGCUCUGAAAAAAAAAGAGACCACUUAAUAGGGGUGGGCGAUAUGGCUCUAAAAUAAUAUCACAAUAUUUCAUGGUAUUUUCACAAUAACAAUACUUUUAGUGAUAUGACAAAACACUGAAUUAGAAAAAUUAGUUCAAAUUUUAUUAUUGCGUGCAAUAUGAUAUGGCUAAUUGAGAUAUUAAAAAAAUAAUUUUAUCAGAUUUGUAACAGAAGUCAAUGAUCCAGAAUGUCAUGAUACUAAUAAUACUAAUAAUGCACUCCUCCAAAUAUCUCUAUAUAUCCAGGAUUAAAGUAAAAUAAAUGAUACUGGACAGAUAUAAUCUGCCUCUAGUAGAUAUAUAAUGGGAAGUGAGAACAAUGUGAAUAUUUCUUUUGCUAAAAACAGAAAAAAGUAGUACCCUGAUGUGAUAAUUAGUGGUGGGUGAUAUGGCACGAUAUUUCAGGGUAUGAUAUCAUUCACGAUAUUCAAAAACUUUGGUGAUAUUAUCACGUGCGAUACGAUAUGGCACAUCACUACCACUUAAACACGAUGAGUUUCUUUGAUUUUACCCAAUUUAAAACCUCUGGAAUAUAAUCAAUAGGAAGAUAGAUGAUCACAAACCAUCAAACCAAGCUGAACUGCUUAAAUGUUUGUACCAGAAGUGGCAAAAAGUUAUCCAAAAGCAGUGUGUAAGACUGGUGGAGGAGAACAUGCCAAGAUGCAUAAAAACUGUGAUUAAAAAACAGGGUUAUUCCACCAAAUUUGAAUAUUGAGUUCUGAAAGCUCCGGAUCUUUUUUGUAAUUUCAGCCAUUUAUCAUUUUCUGCAAAUAAAUGCUCAAUAUAAUAAAUAAAUGACAAUAUUUUUAUUUGGAAUUUGGGAGAAAUGUUGUCCAUGGUUUAUAGAAUAAAACAAUGUUUAUUUUACUCAAACAUAUACCUAUAAACAGCAAAAUCAGAGAAACUGAUUCAGAAACUGAAGUGGUCUCUUAAUUUUUUUUUCCAGAGCUGUAUCUCAAUCUCAUUAAUAAAAGGGAUAGACGGAAGUGAAAAAACAUAAGGGUUCACCUAUAUAUCAGCAGCUAAUUUGUUAUUGGGUGAUAAAUGGAAAAUAUCAUUAUUAUAUUAUUAGAAUGUGAAAUUAUAGCUGAUAGUAACAAUCAAAUAACUUCCAUUUAUUUGUGUAUCUCAAUAUUACUAAAAGGGAUAGAUGGAAGUAAUAAACGUUAGGGGUUUACCAAUAUAUCAGCAGCUGAUUUGCUAUUAGGUGAUAAAUUGGAAAAUGUUUGUUAUUAUUAGAAUGUAAAAAAUAAUUACAAUCAAAUAACUUCCAUUCAUUUCAUUUUGGUGGAUAAUCUCAAUCUCAGUAAAAAGGGAUGAAUUGAAGUGAACAUUGAAGAUGCACCCAUAUGGAAAUUCUGGAAAGAUAAUGAUGUUAAAAGUUUUAGUUAAAUAAAACAUUAUAUAACUUAAAUAUUGAGACUGAAUCUACCAAAAUGUUUAUGAUUUAUUAAUGAAAUCAAAUAGAUUAAGAUAAAGAUACAGAUAAAGGCAUCUCAUUUUACCAUAUUAUGGCGAGGUCAAACCAAUCAACCUUUCUUUUAAACAGUAGUUUUGUACUUCUGAACUUCAUAUACAGUAUAAAUAAUAUGUAUUAUGUAAUGGUGACUUUUAUUGUCAUUACCAUCAGACAUAAUUAUCAGGGGAUAAGUGAUAAAUAUCAGCACAUAAACUGCAUAUAAGCAUUAUUCGAUUUCAUGCAUUUCAUUUGCGGUGCUCUGUUCAUGUCUGUGAACCACUGACUAACCACUGCAGUUCUCUGGAGUGUGAUAUCACUUGUACUUCAGUUAUGUCUCCUCUGUGUCAGAUCAUAAAAAUAUAGUAUGUUUUGUACAUAAAGAAUAAAUCAUAUCUACAUCAAGAUAAUACAA